AUGUCGACAUUCAACGGCCUCGUCCCCGAGUUCCCAGACAUUAGAAUUGAUUUCUUCAGACAUCACGAAGGCGUAGCACCACCCUUGGCGUGCUUCCUCAGCCAUGUCCACAGCGACCAUCUCUCUGGGCUGGAGACGCUGAGGUCUCCGUUCGUCUACUGCUCUGCAGCUACCAGAGAGAUUCUGCUACGCCUAGAGAGAUACCCUUGCCGCCUCAGCUAUGCCGAGGGCAUUCUUGAGGCGCGGCAGCAGACCUACAAGCAUCUGAGCAAGGUCAUCGGACAAGGAAAAGCGAUACUUUACACAGGAGAUAUUAGAAGCGAGCCGUGGUUUGUCAAUUCCAUCACGCGGAGUCCAGCUCUUAUCGAGUAUACCUAUGGUUUGAAGACUCUGGAUACGAUAUAUCUCGACACGUCCUUCACAGACGACAUUCCAUUCCAGACAAAGGCCGAGGGAAUUGCAGAGCUGCUACGAAAAGUCCAGAGGUACCCAAAAGAUACUGUCUUUUACAUUCAGUCUUGGACAUAUGGUUACGAAGAUGUUUGGAUUCAUGUCGAUGACUACAAGCUCCGUAUAUACAAUUCUUUGAACACAACGUCAGAAGCUCGACCCAAUUUUGGCAAUCAACUGACGUCAACUGCCGCCGCCCUAACCGGCUUCAUGUGUGGAAACACGCCUCAGCCAGGCUGCCUUACCUCGGACCAGAAUGUUCGUCUCCACAGCUGUGAAAGUGGUAACUUGUGCGCGAUUGCAAAGAAUUCCUCUGUAGUCAGAAUUCAGCCCGUUAUCGCAUCUUUCCCUGACGGCGGAGUCAUCCAGGAAGCUGGAAUAGGGGGAGGUGGCGAAGACUUGGAGCGGGAGAUGGAACUGGGGGUCCCCAGCCGGAGGGAUCUUCAAAGCUUACUGGAAAUAAUAGGUGCGAUACACAAUAUGCCAGAGGAAGCGCGGGGAGAAUGUGCUCGUAUUCUCACCGAUGCACUGGCCAGCGGACGCAACCUGCCGCUCAACAUCAACAUUUCUUCCUGUGAAGACGCCCACUCGACGGAUCUGCGACAAGCCAUACUCUCCGUCGCCAGUACCAAUAGCCGGUCAAGGGCGAUUUCUUCCCUCAAUUUCACCGAGGGUGGCAAUGGCUCCAGUCUACCAAACAUCAUACGAUUUCCAUAUUCGCGACACUCCUCUUAUGCCGAGCUCUGCCAUUUAGUGGAAGCCUUCCGGCCAAGCGAUGUAUGGCCUUGCACAUUCCAUCUAGAUGUUUGGCAGAGCAGAGGCAUGUCCGUCGAAUCGCUCUUUGGGAAGUAUUGCAGCAGCAAUAGGUUUGCGCACGACAUGAGAAUCAACAGUCUUGCGAUGCAAGGGAUCCGGCGUGCUCGUGAGGAGCCAUACUCUCAAGGAGAAAGCUGCAGAUCAAGGUCGGCUUCUCCUUUGAUUUGCACAUCACCAAGCGCUGUCCAUGGCUCAGUGUCAGCGGUCAGAGACGCCGUUAGAGAACGAUCAUUGGAGCCCCUGGUCGUCGUUGAAAGCGACAGUGUCAACGGCGAAGACGAUUCGCAAACCACUGAUGCCUCCCUCACCUCAAGCCUCUCUAUGCGUCACUCUGCGAUUAGGCGCGACGCAUACGACCGGAUGCUCCAGGGAACCGCCUGGCAUUCGAUUGAGCUCAUAUCGACCGGUUGCAAUCAUAGCUUUCCAGAGACGGAGCUUUAG